UCGAGCGAAAUGGUUCGCAAACCGAGUCAAAUUUGUUUGCUGGCGAUAGCCUUUGCUGCUUUUAUAAGUGCCUCCCAUGGAGCAAAUAUACUCGGUCUGUUUACAAGUUUGAGUCCCUCGCACUUGAUCAUCCAAAUGUCGGCGGCCAAAGUUCUGGCUGAAAGAGGGCACAAUGUAACCGUAGUAACGAUUCUGAAACCUGUGGUGACCCACAAAAAUAUAAAUGUGAUUCAAGUUCCCCUCAGCAAAGAGGAGGAAAAACAAAUGAGCGAUGCAAUUGGCGAGAUGUCGAAGAACGACAAUAGCUAUAUAGCUUUAUCCCUAUUCAAGAUGUCCGCUCAAAUGGACUUCAUGGUCAGGAAGAACGCGGAAGCCCUGAUGGACGAUCGAGUGAAGGAUCUGCACCUCAAUAAAGGCAACAAGUUCGACCUUGUGAUCUCUGGAUUCUUCAUGAACGACUUCCAAAUGGGAUGGAAAAAGGUCAACGCUCCUGUAAUUGUCCUGGCCACAAUGCCGCCCAAUCAUUUGCUGAACCCACUGAUUGGUAAUCCUCAGGAGGUCCUACAAGGCGUAUCCUUUCCACAGCGCUUGGGUAGCUACGUUACAAGCCUUGCAUUUACGCUUUUCGCUCACCUAACUGAAAAACGUAAUCGAAACUGGUAUAAGAAACUUUUUGGGGAUGAUCCCUCUAUGCCGGAGUACUCGGAAAUUAUCAAAAAUACUUCCUUAGUGUUCUUUUCUUCCCACGCUCACAGCGAGGGACCCAUUAGACCCAAUGUUCCUGCUGCCAUCGAGAUUGGAGGCAUUCAAAUCAAGGACAAACCGGAUCCUCUUCCACAAAACAUGGAAGAGUUCCUCGCCAAUUCCACUGAUGGAGCCAUUCUCCUCUCCCUGGGAUCCAAUGUCAAGGGAAGCCACCUAAAGCCAGACACCGUUGUCAAGAUGUUCAACGUGCUCUCGAAACUCAAGCAAAGGGUCAUCUGGAAGUGGGAGGAUCUGGAGAAGACCCCCGGAAAGUCGGACAACAUCCUGUACUCCAAGUGGCUGCCACAGGACGACAUCCUGGCUCACCCUAAGAUCAAGCUGUUCAUUAACCACGCCGGAAAAGGUGGCAUUACUGAGGCUCAAUAUCACGGAAAGCCAAUGCUCUCGUUACCUGUUUUUGCUGACCAACCUCGAAACGCAGAAGCAAUGGUCAAUAAGGGUUUUGGUCUAACUUUGAGCCUUCUUACUCUGGAGGAACAACCGUUUCGAGAGGCAAUUCUAGAGAUAUUAUCGAACCCUAAAUACGCAGAGAAUGUGGAGGCAUUCUCUUCACUCUACCGCGAUCGUCCUAUGACUGCCAAAGAAUCAGUGAUCUACUGGACGGAGUACGUAAUCCGCCACAAAGGAGCCGCUCAUCUUCAGAGUCCUUUGGUUCAAGUGAAUUUCGUUGCCGCCAAUAACAUUGAUGUUUAUUUCCUUCUGACUGCUGUACUAGUAACUAUUAUUCUGCUGUUAACAGUUCUAGUUAAAUUUAUAUGUAAAAAAUGUACUUCUAAGCCUAAGAAAGAGAAAAAACAAUAAAGUUUCUUAAUUCGUUUUAGAGUGAAAUAAAACUAUAACAAAAGGAAGUAUUAAAAAC